AAUAAUCAAACACAUACCAAACUACAAGUAAAAAACAGAAAACAAAGAACUACCUUGUCCGUCAGCCUCACUGACUCCCGGUGACCGUGCGCACGGUGGCACCUCUCCCGACCGGAACACCUGUGAUGGCGCCACGCAGGAGCUCCAGGUCGCUCCUUUAGUGACGCACAGUUUACGCACUUCCCGGAAGUGCAGCGGGGACACUGGGCCCCAUCGAUUCAACACAACUGCACACAUAAGCAUUUAGUAAUAAUAAAGCUCGGUUUGUCCACAAUGUCCAUGGAGUACUACCGCUAACACACAUGGAGUGUCAAGAGGAAAAACCGAUCAUCUAUACUAUGGAGAACAAGCCGAUUGUGACAUGUGCUGGAGACCAGGCCUUGUUCACGUCUCUCUAUACCUCAUUGGCCCAGCAACUUCCCAGGGAGCCAAUGGAGUGGAGGAGGACGUACGGCCGCGCUCCCAAGAUGAUCCACCUGGAGGCCAACUUCGUCCAGUUCAAAGAGGAGCUGCUGCCCAAGGAGGGCAACAAGGCGCUGCUCACCUUCCCCUUUCUCCACAUCUACUGGACCGACUGCUGUGACACGGAGGCGUACAAGAGCGCGGCGAAGGAGGACAUGACGCGCUGGCAGAGCAGCCUGCGGACCCACGGCUCGGCGGACUGGGUCAUCAUCGUCGUGGAGACCAACGACACCAAGAAGAAGAACAAGACCAACAUCCUGCCGCGCUCGUCCAUCGUGGACAAAAUCCGCAGCGACUUUUGCAACAAGCAGAACGACAGGUGUGUGGUGCUGUCGGACCCCCUGAAGGACUCGUCCCGGUCUCAGGAGUCCUGGAACUCCCUGCUGCUCAAGCUGCGGACCCUCCUCCUCAUGUCCUUCACCAAGAACCUCGGCCGCUUCGAGGACGACAUGCGCACGCUCCGAGAGAAGCGCACGCAACCCGGCUGGAGCUUCUGCGAAUACUUCAUGGUCCAGGAGGAGUUGGCCUUUGUUUUCGAGAUGCUGCAGCAGUUUGAAGAUGCCCUGGUCCAGUACGAUGAGCUCGACGCUCUUUUUACUCAAUACGUCCUCAACUUCGGCGCUGGAGACACGGCCAACUGGCUGGGGUCGUUCUGCGCCCCGGUGCGCAGCUGGAGCGGCUUGCUGCUCCGGCGGCCCAUCGACAUGGAGAAGAGGGACGGGAUCCAGCGGGGGGAGGCCAGCCUGUUGGACCUGCGGAGCUACCUGUUCUCCCGCCAGUGCACCUUGCUCAUCUUCCUCCUGAGGCCCUGGGAGGUCACCCAGCGGGCCCUGGAGCUGCUGCACAACUGUGUGCAGGAGCUGCGGCUGCUGGAGGUGUCGGUGCUGGAGGGGGCGCUGGACUGCUGGGUGUUCCUCAGCUGCCUGGAGGUUCUGCACAGGAUCGAGGGCUGCUGUGAUCCGGCCCAGCUGGCCGCCAACUGCUCCCACACCGUCGGGCUGUGGGCCUACGCCACCGACAAGCUGAAGUCCCUGGGCGAGCUCUGCGGCCUGGUGUCAGAGAAGGGACCCACGUCCGAGGACCUGAACAGGACCGUGGACCUGCUGGCCGGGCUCGGGGACGAGAGGCCCGAGACCGUCAGCAGUCUGCAGAGCCCUUACAAGAAGCUGAAGGAAGCCUUGUCGUCCGUGGAAGCGUUUGAAAGACACUAUCUGGAGCUCUCCCACGCCGCCAUGGAGAUGUACAGCGCCAUCGGCCGGCUGCGGUCCGCCCGACUGGUGGGGAAGAGCCUCGCCGAGUUCUACAUGAGGAAGGGGGACCCCGAGCGGGCGGAAACCUUCUUACAGGAAGCUCUGAAGUCGUACACAUCGGAGGGGUGGAGCCUCCCCGUCACCCACACCAGGAAACAGAUCGCCGAGUGUCAGAAGCUGCUGGGCAGAACCGAAGACUACUUGCAGACCAGCGCCUUGCUGGCCGGCGACGCCAAUCUGACCAUGGAGGAGAGGAAGCACUUUUGCCAAGAGAUUCUGACGUUCGCCGGCAAGUCUGAGGAUCAGCCACCCAAAGCGACCCUCAGCAUGGCCGUCUUCUCGCAGCUCACGCGGCUCCAGUUCCGGCCGGCCACGGCGUCGGUGCACUCCGGCGCCGUCCUGCAGGCGGAGCUCACGCUGCGCUGCCUGAUGCCCGUGUCGGUGCACAUCCAGCAGCUGGCCGUGAGCGUCCACUUCGACCUGGAGCGCGCCGGCACCAACGGGCGGUCCAAGGGAGCGUCGAGGCCCGCCAACCCGGGCACGGUGGAGUUCAGCCAGGCCCCCGCGGCGGCGGCCUGGCCCUCCUCGGCGGCCGGCCCCCCGCUGGAGCUCGACGAGAUCCAGGACCGGAGCCCCACGGACAAUUCCCUCAACUCCACGGGACUGGUGUGCAAGAACACUCACCUGGUCAUGCGGCGCCACGACGGCGGCGGCGGCUCGCCGACGGACACGCCCGCCUGCGUCGGCCCUCCCGCCGUGACCACCGUGAAGGACGGCGGGCAGAUGCUGAGAGUGAAGGACGUGACGCUGGAGCCCGGGAACAACAUCAUCGUGUUCACAGCACCGAGCGGGCAGCCGGGUACCUACACGCUGCGCCAGCUGUACGCCACCGUGGGUCAGGUGCAGUUUGUGCUGCCUCACAUCUACCCGUCGGUCCAGUAUGAAGUCUAUUCCCAGGAGCCCCAGCUCACCGUGGAGCCGCUCUCAGAGCCCCUGUUGGCCGGCCUGCCCCAGAUGGUGAAGUUCACUCUGCUGACGGGUCACUACGCCGUGAAGAAAGGCGACGCCCUGCAGCUCAGCAACACCGACACCAUGCCCGUCCUGCCCUCCGCCAGCUGCACCGCCCGCAUCACCAGCCCCGCCGCCGAGUUGGUGGGCGAGAGCUCGCUGUUCAUCCAGUCGUCGGAGAAGGUGACCAGCAUCAGCCUCCCGGCCACGCCGCCCUACCACACCCUGGAGUUCCACCUGGAGGUCCUGUGCCUCAUCCCGCACGGCGGCGAGCGGCCCGCCAACGAGAGGCUCACCAACGGGGAGGUCCGGCACCGGCCGCGCAGCUACAGCCACCCCGACGUGCCCAUGACCGCCAUCGACCAGAGGAUGUCCAUCGACUGUCCGUGGUCCAUCUACUCCACGCUGCUCGGCCUCACCUUCUACAUCCCCUUCAAGACCAAACACACUCUGCUCUCCGCUGGGAACCGGAAGUACAUCCAGGUGUGUGUGCAGAACGUGUCGGACGUGAACUUCACGCUGGCGCAGGUGCAGCUGGCGGAGAAGCCGCAAGCGUCGCUGGAGCUGCAGUCCCUCAACACCAAAAGUCAACAGCUUUUGUGUAGCAAGCACAGCGUGUUCUGCUUGUGGGAGGUGAGGUGGAAGGACGACCUGCCCUCCUGCCUCCAGUGCGUCUUCUCCGCCAACUUCUCUCCACCCAAACAAGACGUCGCCACCUUCAAACCCUUCCACUACCAGUUCCAGCUGGAGAGAGUCACGACGUUGUACAGCGUGAGAGCCGAGAUCCUGCCCGCCGGCGGCGAGCAGCACUGCCGCUCCGGCUUCCUGUGCGGCCUCGAGGUUUGCAUAACGCGACUGACCGAGCCCGCCGAGGGCGAGGCGGCGGAGGACAGCAAGACCGACGCCGACGGCCUCAAAACCACCAAACUCAUGUAUGAAGUGGCCGACAGCAGCAGUAACUGGGCGGUGUGCGGGAAGAGUUCUGGGAUGGUGUCCAUGCCCAUGGCGGCGGACGCCACCCACAAGGUGCAGAUCGAGGUGAUGCCUCUGUUCGCGGGUCACCUCCCCUUCCCCAAGAUCAAAGUGCUGAAGUACCUGCCUCACACGGCGGCGGUGGCCAUCCAACCGGACCCCGACAGCUGCGUGGAGAACGACAGCCUCUCCCUGCUGGACAAGGCGCUGGACGACCAGGGCGACACGGCGAGCAUCCGCAGCCGGGGCAGCGUGCACUCGGUGGGCAGCGGCGACCAGCAGCAGCAGAGGGGCGUGGCCAUGCCGCGCCUGGAGGCCUUCGCCGCCGGGCAGGUGUUCAACCACAGCCACGCGCAGCAGGUCCUGGUGCUGCCCGCCACCGACGACCACAUCAUGGAGGUCAACGCCACAUGACCCCGGUGACGAGAGCGCCCGCCCCUCCUUCUCAUAGAACCGAACCCGCCCCCCCCUCCCCCGAGUGGACUCUGCUGAGCUUUUUUUUUGCUCCGGGGCGGAUCGGGUCUACGAGUCCAUGGCCAAGACCCCCCACCCCCCCGAGCAUGAAACGUUCACGCCACCGGAGACAUUACGGACCGGACACGGUGAAGAUCCGCUGACAACACUUAAAUAAAGAUUUCUUCUUUGCCAUACUUUGUACAUAGCUCAUUGGAUGGAUUUAUAGUUAUAAAAAAAUAUAUAUAUAUAUAUAUUAUGGACUCAAUCAAACUGAAGAAUAGCAGUCCUGAUUGUCCCAUGAUGCACCACGGCCCUCGGCCGCCGGAGCGCUGGCCCUUUAACUGGAGUUCUGGUCCCUCUCGCGUAGUCGCCGCUUUUACAUUUCAGAUGUUUUGCCUUCUACGAAUCACAUUCAAGUUGCUGGAAUAUAAUAUAGAAUAUAAAGUUCAAAGGAAAAAAGAAAAGGAAACACGAGGCAGGUCACCAGACUGUGAUGUCACGGCGGGACUCGUCUCGUGGAUCGGGCGUCAUUUAGUAUUCCCUUCACAAGAUCUAAUAACGCAUAAAAAACACUUACAACUACUAACAUGACGUUUUGAUUUUGAGGUCAAGAUUGAUUUGCCUCAGUAAAAUAUGCAUCUUCGGUCUGUUUUUCUUCCCUUUUUCCCCGAUUUAAUUCUCGAAAAUCUUUGAAACAUUUCUAAGCAAUUUCCUGUCGAGAGUUAUUUAUUUAGAUGAUGCAUCGGAACACCUGAAGAAAGGAAACGCGCACCUGUCCGACACCGCGCUGGACUCUGAGCGUCGGUUGAAUCGCUCCCGGCGAACAGAAACGUGUUUUCGGACCUGAAGUCUUUCGGUGAUUACGGAUCUCCAACGAGAGAAUAACUUUAUUUAUUUUGAACGAAUUCGUGUGUCCUCCGACUGAAAUGCAAACAUUCUGAAAUGUAGAGUGUGUGUGUGUGUGUGUGUGUGUGUUUCGCCAGUGCACAUUAUUGUCUAUUGUCUUACACACGCUGUAGAUUGUUCAUAUACAGUGUGUGUAUUUAUUCUGUGUGUGUGUGUGUGUGUGUGGACAAAUGAAUGAAGUGAGAAUUAUUGGAUUUAUUUGUUCAUUUCUUUGAGGAUAAAUGUCAUCUAAUUAUGAUCUCCCUCUCCCUCUCUCUCUCUCUCACACACACACACACACAGUGUAACUGCAGCCUCCUGCUCCUCUUUGACCUACUGUACAUACUGAUUUGUAAAUAAUGAUUCAAAUCCAAAUCAUCUUUGAUUGCCAACUAUAUUAAAACAAAUCAUUGGAACUGA